UCAGAGCAUGCCAACGUGGGUAUGCGCCUGUGCCCCACACCGCAGCACCUCCAACUACUGUGCCACCCCCCCAAGUGAGAGAGCUGCCACCCUCACACCGGCCGAGGAGUCACCCACAUCAGACGUCUUUUUCGAGCUGUCCAGGUCUCCAUCGAGCCCAGGAUCACUCGUGAGCACGAUGGGCAGUAAGACUAUCCCAGCUCCAGUGCCUAUCCACCCAUCCGUACAGCUGGCCAACUACUCAUUUCUCCAAGCUUCCAACGGCAUCCCGACUCCUGCAGACCAUCUCCCCAACCUGUAUGGCUUCAGUACCCUGCACACUGUGCAUCUGCACCAGUGGACUCUAGGAUACCCGCCGAUGCCUCUCGCCCGCUCUUCCUUCUCCAAGGUGCCAACCGUGUCGGCUGUGGUGGACACCAGGUUUCAGCUGCCCACCAUCCCGAUCUUCCCCCACGUCUUCCAGCCCAAGCAAGACUCGGGGAAUAUUCCCACCAAGACCAGACCUCGGUUUGACUUCGCUAACCUGGCCAUCGCUGCUACCCAGGAGGAGCACCCAAAGCUGACCCAGACAGAUGGACACUGCUCUCCCUCGGCUCUCGGCUCCCUGCUGGAUGUCAGUAAGCUGUCCCCGGAGAGGAAGCCCACCAGGGGCCGCCUGCCGUCCAAAACCAAAAAAGAGUUCGUUUGCAAGUUCUGCGGGAGACACUUUACCAAAUCUUACAACCUCUUGAUACACGAAAGGACCCACACGGAUGAACGGCCCUACACGUGUGACAUCUGUCACAAGGCUUUCAGGAGACAGGAUCAUCUGCGUGAUCACAGGUACAUUCAUUCCAAAGAAAAGCCCUUCAAAUGUCAAGAAUGCGGCAAGGGAUUUUGCCAAUCCAGAACAUUAGCUGUUCACAAAACACUGCACAUGCAGGAAUCUCCUCACAAAUGCCCGACGUGUGGCAGAAUGUUUAAUCAGAGGAGCAACCUGAAAACCCACCUUCUUACCCACACUGACAUCAAACCAUACAACUGCCGUCAGUGUGGUAAGGUUUUCCGGAGAAACUGUGAUCUGAGGCGACACAGCCUCACCCACAACCCAGGAGACGACCCCCAGCUUAAAAGGCUGCAAUAUAUGGAUAACGACGGUGUUUGAGUUCACCUUUUGCCCGGGCUCUCCCUCACCUUAGGGUUUAGGAAUGAAUCACCGAGCCUGCCCUGGAAACCUACAGAGGAGGAAUGUUGCAGACUUGUGGUUAUGAAUGUAUAAGGAAAGUCUUGACUCUGGGGAUCCAGGUUGUGGUUUGACCUUUCUGUCGGCAAUUGCAAGGGAAUUUGCACCCUGUUGCUUUAGGAUUCACAGCUGAGCCCCAAACAUACGGCUGCUUCCAGUGAAAAAUCUCCCACUGCAGAGGAAAGCGACAGCAGAGUGUAACUGGACUCCAGGUUUCUGCCGUGUGACCAGGGAAGCCAGUGCUGAGACUUGUGUGGAUUGGAGCAUGGUACCAAAGUACACUGGUCACUUCACAAGGAAAACAAAAGAAUAACGCCAUUGCAGUUAACAACACGGACAUAUUAGUUACAUUCCAUCUUAUGCGUUUUACAAUUUUUCUGUAAAUGUUUUUGGCACUUUAUGCUGUUUUUUUUCUACUAUUUUCAUUUACCACUGGAUUUCUAAUCUUUUAUCAAAUAAAUUGCCAUUUCUUAGAGGCAGCAUGCAGUGUACUGACUGCUCCUUUUCUUGAACAUAUAAAACGUUUAAAAUUAAGAGGAUGGCUUGCUUCGUUCUGCUUCAUUGGCAGGUGAUUUGACAAAUAUCAGAAAUUAUAUAGCAGUCCCCAAUAACUUGUCUUUAGAAAUAGAUUGAAUAUCACAAAACCCUCCUAGGUCAGUAGAAGAUUUCUGCUAACCAGCUGUCUUCCAUCUCAGUUACAAUCGUAUAAAAGUGUAAAGCAAUGUAUUUAAUACAUUUGAAAAUCCCUUUCAACCUUACAUACGUUACCUAUAUAUCAGUGUUUGAGCCAGGAAGGUUUACUCAAGAGAUAUUCUUUGGAGAAGAGAUUUAUUCAAAACGUUUAAAGCAAUAAACAGAAAAAU